CCGUUGCGGCUCAACAUAUAAUUAUCGCAGUUUAGGCUUGGGCCUACUCUAGACGCAUUGUCAGUCGAAUCGACGUAAUUGUGUUAAUUGAUAAAAUAAUAGCGGCGCUGCUCGUCGUUUUUCGAUAAAUAUAGAGUCCGAUACCAAUAAUAAAUCCACUUUGUUGAUACAGUCAUUCGGCCUGCUGUUGAAGUCAUCUGGUGCUUAAUUGACCGGGUCCGAGUACUCGAUUGACCUUAUUUCGGUGAUGGUGAUACGCGGGAUAACGCGGGCUUAUUUGGAAUUAUUAAAUUAGUGGUUUAAUUAAGAUUUAUAAAAGUGCCGUUUAUGUUUUAGUAUAGUAGUUUUUUUAGUCCGAUGUAUAGACUAUAGGGUGUUUCUGAGGCAUCGCAAGUUUCGUCCGGUAAAUAUUCCAGUCAGGAUGUCAGUAAUUUAAAGGAGAAUAAAACGAACACAUUGCCACAAUAAGAUAAUAUGACUGUGUGACGUUCCCCUUCAUUUCAUCUUCGUCAUGUCUGCUCUUAGCAUCACAGCUCUUGCGUCACUUUUAUUUUCAACGCUGUUUUGUUCUUCGCUGAGCUUCAAUGGUCAACCGAAAGAAGAUGGUUUUACCUUUGACUUUCCAGAAGAUUUAGAUAUAGACUUACUGCAUAACGGGCAACAGGAGCUUCAUCAAAAUCAGUAUGAAGCAAUUGUAGGUCAAGUCUUCCAUUUGGCACCUCAUGGACUGAAGCUAGCAAAAGACCAACAAGGAUAUUAUAUUGCAAAACAGGAAAACUCAAAAGGUCUACCGCACUGGCUCGUAUUUAACAAAAAGACUGGAACCUUCUGGGGAGUUCCUUUACCAGGAGACGAAGGAAACAUACAUAUCAAGAUACAAGUACAAGGCAAAGAGGUUCCACUAGAAACAAUAAAUAUUCGAGUAGUAAAAGAAACUGACAAAGACAGUACAACGACUAACCAGUGUAAAUCGAAUGAGGACAACACUAUUUUAACCUUUUUGCUGGACAAAAAUGUUAGGACAAUUAAACCAAAGCAGAGAGUGAUUGCAAUAAAUAAUAUUGCCAAAUAUUUCAGACUGCCUUAUAGUGCCUUUACUAUUAAACCACAACUGGAACUAGAUGACAUCACAGACAGCUCAGUAGUACUGGCUGGACCUGGCAAUAUCCAUUCAAAAAGUUCAAAAAUCUCAUCGGUAAUGGAAAUUCUAGUGGGAUGUGAUGGUAGAUUGUGGGAGUCUACUGCUUCGCUAGUACAUAAUCUAAAACAAGAAGCGAGAGAUGGCACUAUAGCUGAAGUUUUAAGACUACCGCUAAUGGGUUGGAGGGUUAAGACUGAAACUAAGCCUAUAUUGCGAAAUAAAAGGCAGACUAAUGUCGAGGAUUAUGGUAGUGGAGACUACGAUGACGAUUAUUAUGACGAUUACGAAGACGAUUACAACGAGAAUGAUGAAGAUAACCUGAGUGGAGUAGAAGGGCAUACCCCUAUUUCCAGAAAACCAGCUACACAGCCAACAUAUCCUACUACCACUAAGGGUACUACGCCCACAAGUUCAACUAGCACUACUACCACAACUACUACGGAAGUAUCCUCUACGCAUGCGCAUCGCCAUCAUCAUGGAGAAAUACCACUUGAUGAAGAAAACGAAUUAAAUAUCGAUGUAACUUUACCAAUGCUUCCUAAAGAAAUCACAACUGUACGAUCUACUACUACUACUACUCAAUCUCAACAAUCAAAAGAUUCUGGACCGACGAAAAUAAACAUUCCGAAACCUGCCGAUGCUUUAAACGAAUAUGACGGCGAUUAUGAUUAUGAUGCCUAUGACGAAGAGGGUGGAGAUGAUAUUGAAAGCGCUACUAUUGUUCCCAAUAUAGUAAAUAAAGUUUUUCGACCUAUCACAGAACCUAACGUUCCAACGACUGAAACCAUUACUAAAUUUGAGGAUGAUUUUGAAGUUGAGCCUGAACUAGAAACCACUUCGAUAAAAACAUCUUCAACAAGCAGCACCACUGUAUCAACAACAUCGACAACGUCUACAACAACAACAACAACAGAAGCAACGACUCAACAGUUUGAUUUUGCUGAAGAUACGGAACAACCUGCCGCCACAAUAAUUAGUGAAAUUAUUCCCGAAGUACCAACUGAACAAAGUGUUAGUGCGACUACUUUUGUUAGCGGUACAUCUGAUUUACUAACUAGUACUGCAACCACCACGACAACCACAACGGAAGCAUCAUCUACUGUCGCAGAAGAAACUGAACCAGAAAUAGUGCCUACUAUAUCUGAAUUAUCUACUACUAUUACUACUACUACUACUAGCACUACCACUACUGAGAGUCCUACUACAGAACCGGAAAUAUCCUUAUCAACGAGGAACUUUGCAAGCACUACAACAGAAGAAACAAUUGUGACAGAUGUAAUUGAACCAGUAAACCGAUUUAUUCCAGAAGAGCCCAAAAAUACCAGACCGUAUAUCGAAAAUCGGUUACAGUACCAGUCUGUUACUGCUGGAAAAGUAUUUAGAUAUGUAAUUCCUAAAAAUACCUUUAAGGAUGCAGAGGAUGGUUAUAAUUUAACCUUGCAAGUACUAGAUAAUGAUGAACAACCUAUAUCUAAAAGCUCUUGGUUACAAUUCAAUCCAUUGAGAAGAGAAUUAUAUGGACUACCUUUAGCCAACGACGUAUCAAACUGGAUGUACAUCAUUAGAGCCUCGGACAAAGAAGGAGAAUUUAAACAAGACCAACUUACCAUCCAAGUACAACAGCACCGAUUAGAAAGGGUGGUAAAUCAUGAGUUCAUCUUAAAACUAAGAAUCGAAAAGCCUCAAGAAUACCCUCACUAUAUUGACUGGUCUUUAAGGGUAUUAAGAGCUCUUGGGCGGGUUUAUGGUACGAAUAUGUCGGAAAUCACCGUUCGGCAUAUUAAUCACACGAGUGACCCAGUGGUGUUCGUUUGGUCCAAUGAUUCGUUACCUACCACUUACUGUCCUAGAUCUGAAAUUGAAGAGCUUUAUAAAGCUCUAACAGCGAAUGACCGAGGAGAUCCUUCAAGAGAGAUGAGUCUCAUCUUAUCUCCAGAUAUAAGGAUUAAAAAAAUAGCAAAUCGAGAUUUGACGACCUGCGAGCAGCAGCCAACUGUGCCUGUGACGCCAAGUCAAAAUUUCUCACCAAUAUUGAGAAAUCCUGUUGACAAAAUUAAUGCUGUAGUUGGCGAAUUGCUUAUUUUUAAAGUUAAAGACGAUACCUUUUAUGAUCCAGAAGACGUAGAUCCAUCAGCCUUAAACAUUACUCUACUUACAUCAGAUCUCGGUCCGAUUCCUUCGACUGACUGGCUCCAAUUCGACAAUAAAAAUCGGGAAUUUUACGGAAUUCCGCGAAAGACUGGUAUAACCGAAUAUUUCUUGCUAUGCGUUGAUACCGGGGGAAUGAGUGCCAAAGAUAGUUUAGAAGUAGUUGUUAAUGCAGCACCUAAAAAACCUUAUAACGUGGAAUUUGGAAUGACUAUUGGGGUACCUUUUGAAACUUUUUCAAAUAGUGCGAGUAUGCAAAGAAAGUUCGUUGAAAAGCUCAUGGAAAUAUUUGACGAGCCCAACCAAUACAACUUCCAUUUCCUACCUUUUAAGCCAAAAAGGGAAUCAAACUUCGAAUCGACCGGAGUUUAUUGGUUCAAUAAGUCGCUACCUCUAGAAUAUUGUGCGAAAGAUGAAAUUAAACAAUUAGAGCAAUUAUUGCAUAGUGACUCGAGAAGCAUAUCAAGUAGAGUACAUCGAAUUAUGGCUCCCGAAUUUACCGUGUCUACAAUCAAAGUGCAUCAUGUCGGUAAUUGCAAACCGAAACUGGCAGUACCAACCCCAGAGAUGCCGAUCAUACCGGAAGCCACUCAACCCCCACAAGCCCAAGAAAAUGAUGUUAUGCUCACGUUAAUAUUGCCUAUCAUAAUAAUCGCUAUUAUGUUGUUCGUCGCGUCGGUGGCCGCGUGUAUUUUAUACAGAAAAAGGAAACAGGGAAAAAUGAAUGUUGAAGAGGACGGUAGAAAUGGAUCGUACGGAAAUAAAGGCAUACCUGUGAUAUUUCAAGAAGAACUAGAAGAAAAACCCGACCCGGGCACUAAAGCUCCGGUAAUCUUAAAAGACGAGAAACCUCCGUUGGCACCACCCGAGUACAGCAAAAGUGGCUCAGUAAAACUCGAAGACUCUGAACCAUAUCAACCACCGCCGCCUUUCACCAGAACCCAAGAAAAUGGUAGACAACCCAGGCCAAAACCCACCCCGACAUACAGAAAACCACCCCCGUACGUUCCUCCUUAACAAUUACAUUUUACGUUUUUCAGUAAUUCUGACUGUCAGUGAGCUAACUUUUAAAAUAACUAACAAAACAAUAAUUUGAAUUUAAAACAAAAAAAAAACGCAAAAACAUGGUUGUAAUCCAGGAAUUUGGAUAAGAGGCAUCAAAGAAAAUUCUCUUAGGAGAGCCUGAAGUUUUAAAAUUUGAAAUAUCACUUAAGUAGGUUAGAUUUUUCUAAAAGUGGUUCUCAAUACUACAAGUUCGGUUUAAACCCUAUUGUAUAUAUUUGCAGCUAAAUUGUAUUUAACGUAGUAUACAGGGUAUAAGGGUGGCGAGGUACAACUCAACCAUAUUGGGAAAGAUCAGAGCUAUCGGUUUACAAAAAUUGACAAAAAGUGUUAAACAAAACUGUCCGAUAGUUCCUAACUCUCUAGGUAGUCCGUAGCUACAACUAUGCUAUUAAAAACUUUUGCUUCAAUAAUUCUACUAAAAUUUUAAAUUAUUUUGCAAUAAAAUGUCAAAUUAGGGCAAGGGAAAAGUCUAUUGAUAAAAACAUUUAUAAAUUUGUUCGGCUCAACCGAAUAUAAUAUCUUAGUCCCGUUUAAUAAAAGAAGGUUUGGUAGUUAAUAAUCACUACGUCAUACUCAUUUCUUCGGUCAUCACUAGAGGGCGUUAUUUCAAAAACCUUCUCUUUUUCUCUGGAAAUUUAAGGAAAUACAGUAUGGAAUGGAAAAAUUGAAUAAAUUCGCAAUCAAAAAUACUCUUAAAACUCCCUUUUUUCCAAAGCAUUUUUUAGACAAUCGCUAAAAGGAGUAGAUAUUAGAAGGAGUAGUUCAUUCUUGCCACUGGAUCACUCUGGAUAUCUGGAUUUAUUCGUGCUAGACUUAUUAUUCACGGGGAAAACAAAAAAAAAUAAACCCCAUUAACACUAUGGGAAAAACAUUGACAGAAUUUAUUGUAUCGUAAUUUGCAUUGAAGUUGAAAUUAAAUUAAAGGCACAAGAUCAAAUGUCAAUGGCAAUCUGAAGAGUACAAUAUACAGGGGCACUUCAGAUGGACGAGUAUCAUAGCUUCUUCUUCUUCUUUACAGUAAUCUUUACAAAUGUUUUUAAUAGUGUAAUUUAGUCCAAGAAAUAUUUUUAGAAUUAUCGGCACUUUUAGGUGAUGGUGCCCGAGAAUGAUGUUAGAAGAUAAAGUCUAAUAUCUUAAAAGCUAGUCAAAAUAUUCUCGUAAAAUAAAAAGCGUAAUAUUCAGUAGAAUAUUCUUUUAAAUAGUUUCUUAUAGUAUAAUUUAGUCCAAGAAAUAUUUUUAGAAUUAUCGGCAUUUCUAGAUGAUAGUGACCAAUAAUGAUGUUUGAUCUUCAAGGUGAACACUCACUUUAAAGUUCAAGAUCUCAAAAACUAGUGAACAUAUUCUUACAAAAUAAAAAUAAUAAUAUUUAAGAGAAUAUUCUUUAGAAAUGUUUCUUAUAGUGUAAUUUACUCCAAGAAAUAUUUUCCGAAUUAUCGGCACUUUUAGGUGAUAGUUCCUAAGACCGAUGUAUCAUCUCGCAAGUUAAGCCCUUGCUUUAAAGUAAAAUAUCUCAAAAACUAGUAAAAAUAUUCCCAUACAGCAACAAGCAUAAUAAUUAGGAGAAUAUUCUUUACAAAUGUUUGUUAUGAUGUAAUUUAGGCCAAGUAUUAUUUUCAGAAUUACCGUCACCUUUAAGUGAUAGUGCUUAAGAAUUAUGUUUGAUUUCCAAGGUGAGCACUCUUUUUAAAGUCCAAUAUCUUAAAAUCUAAUAAAAAUAUUCUCAUGAAACAAAAAGCGUAAUAUUUGAAAGAAUAUUCUUUACAAUUGUUUUUUAUAGUGUCAUUUGGUCCAAGAAAUAUUUUUAGAAUUAUCGGCCUUUCUAGGUGAUAGUGCCCAAGAAUGAUGCUUGAUCUCCAAGGUGAGCACUCACUUUAAAGUCCUAUAUUUUAAAGACUAGUGGAAAUAUUUUCAUGAAAUAAAAAGCAUAAUAUUCAGAAGAAUAUUUUUUAUUAAUCUCUUGUAUAGUGUGAUUGGGUCCAAGAAAUAUUUUCAGAAUUAUAGGCACUUUUAGGUGAUAGUGACCAAGAAUAAUGUUUUGCUCUUCAAGGUGACCACUCACCUUAAAGUCAAAUAUCUCAAAGACUAGUGGGCAUAUUCAUAUGAACAAAAAAAAAUCUCAUAUGCAAGAUGUAGCAACAGUUCGUUUCAUCUUUCGUUCGAGUUUCAUCCCAUGUCUUCCAUAAGGUUGUUCAUUGUUCUAUUGUGCUUUACAACACAAUUCUAGGAUUUAGGACAGGGAAACAUAUGAAGCCACGCUUCUCGCUUUGUCACUUUCAGAUCAUAACACACCACUAGCCAGGGGAAUAAAGUACAUUGCUGAUCAUACAAGCAUUCAAAGCUCCAGAUAGCUACAAUCAUUACACAAUUAAUAGUUAAAAUUAGAACCGUAGCAUUGUGGUAGUGUUAAGUGUUUAAUUUUUAAUAUUUUCAUUAAUAAGAAAAUCUAUUAUUUUGUUUAUUUCUUUGGAUGAUGGAUUGUUUAGUAAAAAUUUCAUGUUUAUUGGUUCUCUUGUUUGUUUCAUUAAUUUAUUACAUAAAAUUUUCGUUGGAUGAUUUCGUAUAAAACAAUUAAACAAUAGAUGAUUAUAUAGAUGCUUUUAUGUCAAACAAAGAUUGGUUUUCAUUCUGCACUUUAGUGUUAUUUGUUUUCUUGAUUUGUAUCAUAAAUCAUAAAAUCGUGGUAUUUUUUGAGGUAUUAGUUGAAUCUCGGCUUAAUAGCCUCCUUCUCCUCCCUGAGGCUAUCCUUGAAAUAAGUUUAUCCAUUUUUGCUAUAAAUUUAGCUAGCUGAAGUCGACUGCCUUGUUUGAAAUUAACUUAAUUAAUAUCUUGUCCUGUUCUUCCUUUUGCUGCCAACCCAUCCGCAUAUCAUUUUCUGCUAUACAUACUUGGUUGUGAUUCCGACAUAUGCCUGCUAUAGCCUGAAGAGCGCUCACUGAGUAUAAAAAUUGCCAAUUCUGCGUCAUAUACUCUUCUUGUUGCUAACAAAUAGGUAUUUGUCCCUUUAGUUCUGUAUAUAUAUACCCCCAGUCUUCUGUAUAUACUUGUGUUAGACUCCUUGCAAUAUAUGUCAACAUGAGAGAUCUUCUGAAUUCACCGAGGCCUCAGUAAAAAUUAUGUUAUAUCCCAGUAAUUAUAUUAUUACAAUGUAGUUAAACAGUUUAUUGCUGUCAAUGUUUUUUGCCAAGGUAGUAUUUGGGAAUGGGAUUUUUUUUGUAACAACGAUGUCUUGAGUCUCUAAACAUGUUCUCAUGAGAAUAAGCAUGUUAUCAAACUGUUGAAGUAUAUAUCCGGAGUUGGUUUUCUUCUCCUGUAUGACAUGUCUUCAUUGUACAUUUGGUAAAAAUUUAAUGGUUACUUUUUUACUUGGUUGUCAUCCAAUGCAAUGAAUUUAGCAGCUAAUCAAAUUCGUCGAAUUUCCAGAUGCAUUUUUUCCAUUUUUUGCUUGGUACUGGAUGUUAUUUACUUUAUUCAAAUUGGCCUUAAAUGCUUUAGAAAUUCCUAAAAUCCCGAAAUCUAGAUGUGUAAAGACAAUGCCCUUAUAUUUUGCUGAUAAUGUUUUUGUGGUCUGUCACCCAUUAAACUCUAGUCACUGAGUUGAUAAAAAUUGUAUCCUUUUAUGCCUUUCCUAUAAUGUUAUUGUUAUGCAUCUUCCACCUGAGUUGGCUAUCAAAAGUUAUUGUCAAAUAUUUUUAUUCCUAAGCCCACUCUACCUCUUCAUUAAUAUAUUUGAUAAGUGCAUGCAGGUUUUUAAUGAAAAUUUUUAAUACAUAAUUAUUUAUCUAUUUCACCACUCUGGUAAACUUUAAUUUUAUUUUUUUGAAUAUCAACUGCCAUGUUAGGUGUUUCAAUAAAUAGGGUUAAGUCAUCGGCGUAUUGUAAAAGUUUUACAUCCUCUGAAGUAAGGUCUUUAAGAGAGCUCAUAUAGAUAUUAAAUAAUAAGGGUCUUAGUAGUGAUCCCUGUAAUAAUCCUUUGCUCGUGUAUCUAGGUAUAUGGUGCAUAAAUCUAGUUAUGCUACUUUUUAACCUCAUUUAAUACAGGUUACUUAUUGAAAUUGGGACAAGCACAUUAUCGUAUGGCGCCGAUAUAUCUAAGAAUAUUGCAAUCCCUUUAAGUCCGUUGGCAAAGGGUUUGUAAAUUUCUGUAGAUAAGUCACGGGAUUCUAUAGUAUGGUCUAAUCUUACGUGGAUAAUAGAUUCCAGUACCUUUUAAGAAUGGAGAUAAAGCUAUAGGUCGAUAACUCAAGUAAUCCGCUGGGUUUUUACCCUGAUUUACUUGUACCACUUUUCUGGUAUUUAUGUUUUUCCAAUAAUGAUAUCGUUGAAUAGGUAACCCAAUGUAUCUUUAUGCGCUCCUACGAGUAUCGUAUCGUGUAGGGUCAAUCGUCGUGAUCGAUUGUGAUAAUUAGCCUAACGAUUAACCCUACACACGAAACCAUGUAAAUGGGGUUAAAUGGGGUCGUAUUUAGGGGUCCUAUAAGACUGCUGUAGUUAAUAUAAGAGAGAGAAGAAGUUCUAUUUUGUAAGACGGGAAUAAUUUUGAACAUUUUAUACAGCUUACGUUCGCUGUAUGUUUGACAAAUUUUCUAUAGUUUUAUUAAAAUAUUAAACGUGUGUUAAAUUUUAUGUUAUAUAUGAUUAGGACCAGUCUAAGCCUGAAUAAAAUUUAAGGCGUCUGGCCUAGGCACAGGAUAUAAGUCCGUAGUAAUAAGAAAUAACUGUUAGAACAAUACAUGCAAUGUGUUGCUUCCAAUCUCCUCAUUUGAUAUAUUUUACUGAACGUCGCCCAACUAUAUUUCAUUUUGAACUUUCGUCUCGCAGUCGAUAUUUCUAAGAGUUCAAAUGUAUGUACUUAAACGAGACCAGUUCAUCAAAUUCGGUUAACCGAAACUAAAGUUAGAAAUUUUUAUCCAUUAUUUUCCAUCCCCUCCUGUCUAUAGUGAAUUGUAGUGAAAUUAUCGAUGCAUUUUUUUCUUGUUCAUAACUAGUAGGCCACCUAGUGACAGCGUUAAGAACUUGAGCAUUAGGGUAAGGUGGGGCAAGUUGACGAGCUUAAGGUAAAAAAAUAAAAUAAAAAUUAAACUACAUAUAAUUUUAAAGUUUUCAAAAGUAUAAUAGAAUCGUAGGACAUUAACUUGAUUUUUCAUAAAAUAAUCAUAAAUUAAAAAACAAAUAAUUACUAAAAAAAUUAAAAAUUUUCAAACUUGUUGCAAUUUCGUCAUCUUAUCCCACCAUUGUAUGGUUCCUCGCAGCUGGGACAAAAAAUAUCAGAUUUUUUUUGGGCCUCCUUAAUAGGUUUUUUUCCAGUCUUUUUAAAAACAGUUCUUUUUGCUUUUUCUUCACACUUUCUUUUCUUAGCCUGAACUUUAUCAUUUUUUUCUCGUUCUUUCUCUUCAAGGUCUUCUUUAUUGAGAGUAGAAGUCAAUAUCGACGCCUUUUGCUUCUUUCUCUUCGUUUACAGGAUGGGUCGAUUUAUUUUAGACAAAGGCCUAAUCUCAACAAAAGUAAUUUGCUGAUUGUGUUUCAAAUUUUGAAGACCCGAUGGACCUGCGACAGCCAAAUCUUCCUGCACCACGAGCUCCUUUUUAUUCUCUUCAUCAUCAUCAUUUUGAAGUCCAACAACGCUAGGAAUUUUUUGCAAACCGGAUAAACUAGCUGAUUCUGAAAAUAUUUUAGCUUUAUUCUUUAGCUUGUUUUUUAUGUUGAUGAGUGGUUCAUCAUCACUAGACACUCCUUCUGCGGUGACAUGUCUGCGCUCACUAACUGAAGCUGGUGUGAAGUCGGCGUCACUAAAAACGUCCGGAUCAAAGGGUUCGAUUCCACAUUUAGCGAAGCUUUUAACUGCAAUUCCUAAAUUUGCUGCUUUUAUAUAGGCUUCUCCAAACAGCUGUCCUACGUCUUUGUCUGUAAUAGUUCUACCGGGAUUAUCCACCAAAAAAUUGUCGCAGGCACUUUGUUGGAACGAUAGAUAAACCUGAUUCGUCUGCAUUAUAUAUUCGAUCAGGCGUAAAAUUGUGUUUUAUUUUAAGUUUCCGAUUCAAAUAAAAAAAUCUCAUCACUUCAACUCAAUUAAAUCCUAUUAGACGUCCGAUGGACGUAGACUCAGGAAUCCUUAAGCUGAUUUUGCGCCUAUUCAUGAAAGAAAUUAACCAGUCUUCACCAGCCAGCUUUAGAGUUUUGUUGAACUGAUGACGGAAAUAUUGUUUCUUUGAGCAAACUCGUAGGCAAGUUUUCGGCAUUGCAAAGAGGUAAUACCAAAUGCUCUAAUGUUAAAAUCAUUGAUAUAGUCAGUUAGUUCAAUUUCUUGUGCUUCUGUAAAAGUACGUUUAAAUCUGCCGCCGCUUUCUGGUAACAUUUCGCUUUCCCUAUUCUUCUUAACAUAACGCCGCAAUGUUGGUUCAGGCACUUCGUAAACAACGCCUGCUCUAAUAACUGCCAUAUUUUAAUUUUCGACGGCAUAAAUCGCAGCAAUCACACUAUCUUCUAACCACGAACGGCGUUCACUUUUUCUCUUAUAGUUACGCACCAUCUGUAAAAAAAAUAUUUGAAGAAGAACUCUUUGGGGCAAGAUGACGAGUACGUCAACUUGCCCCCAAGAGAAUUUAUAACAGAAUUGUUAUAAAUGAAACAAACAAUAAAUAAAAUUACUUUGUCUACUUACAUUGUUAAUCUAUUGGAUCCUAGCAACAAAAUGAACAUCAGUUAGGCAAAGUUUUGACCACACUUUUUGCACAUAAACUUACUUUACUGUACGGCAAUAUUAUAACGACUAACUAGUAAACAGAAUUUGAAGCAUAAAUUCGAAUGUAGUGAGUUAAGCGCCACCUAUCUUUUUUAGGUAUUACUAGGUCUCGACCAGACAUCACAGGGUUUAAUAUACUGCAGAUUUUUGCUUAUGAUUUCCAUCAAAAUCAAAUUCGUCACCUUACCCUACUUUCAGUAAUUUGUAUGCAAUUUGGAUAUGGUACCUAGCCACCCUUAUUCAAACACCCUGUAUAUAUUUUAUUAUUAUUUAAUACAUUUACAAAGAAUUUUUUUGUCAAAAUAUUUUUUUUAAGAAAUGUAAAAAAGGAAACGAUUUCUUAGUUUCAUACACAAAAUAUUACUUUGUCGUAUGAUGAUUAGUAAUAUUUGUUGCGAUAUUACGGGACUAGGACCGACCAUUAUAAUACUAGAGGUAUAUUUUAAAUUUAUUAACGGAUUUUGACCAAUGUGACAUAUUGCUAAAGCCAAUUAAUUAUUUAGUGCUUAGACUUUCAACUCGGGGUUGCUUUAAGUACUUUUGCCUAAAAGAAAUAAUAAUAGGGUUAAUUAUACUGAUGUGUCUCAAAUUGUUUUAACUAUUAAGGUAAUUUGAAUUAUCAAGAAAACACUGAGUUAUUAUUAUUAGCUUUAUGGUUAUACAAUUUAAAUGUGAUAUGUGUCGUAAGACAUGUUCAAAAACUUCUUGUAUUAGGCAAGGUACAUCGUAUAUAUAUAUUUGAUUGAAACAAUCAUAAAAUGGAAAUAAUUUAUACAUAUCAACAGACACCUAAUAUUAUACGGGAUGAUUAAUGACAUUUAUUACAUUUGACGUAUAUGGAACACUACACAUAUUUUUUUAAAAUAUUUUGUUAUUAUGAUAACAGACUGAAUCUAAACUAUUUCAAAAAGCAGCAACAUAUUUAAUUUAUAAUUUAUUUAUUUAUUUCUCUUCCAACGAGCAAUUGCCCAAUUUACAACUAACCUACACUACACAUUGCACAAAAAUCAUAAUAAUACUUUAAAAAUAGAUAGGGUACAAUUUGACUUAAAUAUUUUCACAUCACAGAAUAAAUUCACAGAAGGCUUUCAACAGUCUUAAAAAUUCUAUUCUAUUCUAUUGUAAAACAAUUCAACUGAUCCGAGUAUUCAUUGGCAAGCUUGCCUGCCCUGGUAACAAAGGAAUUAUUUCCAUAAUUGGUUCGGUUGGAUGGAAUAUGGAAUAAGGGUGUCUGAUGGGUCUGCCUAUAAGGAACAUGUAGACCAAUUUUACCGAGUAUAUCUGGUCGGCAAGAUCCAGAAUGGAGAAUGUCAUAGAAGAGUGACAGGUCACGAUGCUUACGACGGGUUUGGAGAGUACGGAUAUUAAGUUCAGACUCAAACUUGUGGCUAGAUAAUAUGAAGUGGAACGUUGCUUUUGAAAGCAAUGUUUCUUAAAAAUUUGUGCUGAACCUGUUCAAUCAUCUGAAUGUAACUGCUAUAAUGAGGUGACCAAUACAUGAACCAUACUUUAGGUGAGAACGAACUAGUACACAGUAAAGAAGCUUAAUGGAAGCAAUGUCCAUUAAGCUUCUCUACUGAAAAUCUCUGGUGCACCUCUUAAUUAAAUCCAGCAUUUGCAUUCAGUUGUUGUGACAUAAAGAGACAAAUUUAAUGGGGAGUCCAAAGUUAUACCAAGGUCUAUUACACUAGAUAACACUCCCAGAGGAGUGCCAUUAAGAGUAUUAAUAUGAUUAAGCUCAAGUAUGCGAUGACAUUUACUGGUAUUCAAGACCAUAUUAUUAGCGGUACACCAACCAGCAAGCCUAUUUAAGUCAAGAUGAAGUUCGAGGCAAUCAUCCAAAUUUGAGACUCUACGGUAAACCUUAAGGUCAUCCGCAAAUAUCAGAUAGUAGCUAUUCAUGAAUCAAUUUUCAAUAUCAUUGAUGAAGAUGUUAAAAAGCAACGGCCCCAGGUGGGAUCCUUGGGGAACACCAGAUGGAGUCUGUACUUCAUUUGAUUUAAAAUUGCACAGUUUAACAAUCUGCCUUUGGUUAGAUAAGUAGCUUUUGAGCCACAUAUAUAGGGGACCGGUAAGGCCGUACCAGCUUAGCUUGCUUAACAAAAUUGCAUGAUUGACGCAGUCAAAAGCUUUACUUCACUAGAUGUACAUGACAACCCUCCUCAAAAGACUGGAUAACAAACUCAGUGAAAGUGAGAACAUUUAGUUCAGUAGACCGCCCUGACAUAAAACCAAAUUGCCUGUCAUUAAUUACAACUCCUGUAUGUAAUUAAUGACAGACAAUGAUGACGCACCAAAAAGCUAUAAACAAUCCUGUCAAAAAAGCUUUGAGGUAGAAGUAAGGAUACUUAUUGGUCUAUAAUUCUUGACCUGAGUACUGUCACCAGACUUUAAGAUGGGCGUCACAAAGCUUGAUUUCCAAAAUUCAGUAAAAACACCUGUCUUUAGGGAUAAAUUGAAUAAUAUAAACAGGUCUUGAGAUAAUAAAGCUGCGAUGCUUUAAGAAUAUAGGAGGCAACCCAUCGGGGCCAGGUCCCUUACAAGCAUCCAAUGUACUCAGCUCAAAAUGAAUAUCAGAGAUUGUUAUGGCUUAACUUAGAAACAUUCAAAUUAUUUGUAACUUGAUUUACAGAUACUGAAUCGUUCCAGUUAGGAGGUGCAUUGCUAUACUUUUUAAAAAAAUACUUAGAGAACAGAUUGACUAUAUCAAUACCAGAAGAGCAUUUAACGUUGUCGUAAAAUAUCUCUUACUGCACUGUUGCCUUUUUUAUUGUUUACAAAUUUCCAAAAAUUCGCAGAUUAUUCCUAAGAAAUUGCUCUGUAAGAAACACAUAUUCAAUAUAGCAGUGUUUUGUUUUAAAUUUUACAUCUUGACCAUAGAACCGAAAAAGCACGAUAAUCAUCAUCCAAUAGUGAGUUCAAAAAUCUCAUGUGUGCCCUCUUUUUUGCAACUAUUAAUUCUUUCAACUCUGAUAAAACCAAUAUGGAAAUUUUUUAGCGAAAUAUUUCGUUAAAGGAACAAAGCAGUCAAUACUUAAAUACAUAAUUUCAUAGAAUACGUUUAACAUAUCGUUCAGAGCUAAAUUCGUUAACAGUGUAUUCCAGUGAAACUGCGAUAGGAAAUCCAAAAUGGCAUCCCAGUCGACCGAAUGAACGUAGAACCACAGCCAGUCAGUUCACUUCAAUUUCCGUUAAGUUAAGACCGCACUCCAUACAACGGUACACUGGAGGGUGAUGAUUGUCUGUUGGAAGCAAUGCAAAAUUUAUCAUGGAAACAACUACAUCUGAGGAAGGCGUCAAUACCAAGACCAGAAUUGAGCCAGUAUCGUUUGAAGGGGAACAGCAGUUGAUCUGAACUCCUUAUCCAACCAACGGCAGUGAGGUAGAUUAAAAUCACUCACAAAUAACAAUUGACAAUGAGAGAGUUCGUCCAUCAGUUCCUCCAAAUCGUUUAGAAAAAUAGCGAACUUGGUACAGUGGCUUCUGGAUAAAGUAAUGGAAGGGAAAAUUAUUAAUGGAAUGCUUUAUAUAAAAAAAAACCACAUAUCGAUUAGAAUUCGUCGUCGUAUUUAGUUUGUUCAACCGCAAAUAAAUGCAUUUCACCUUUGCGUAAAGAAAAACAGAAACGGUAUCGUUCUUACCUACUCGCUUGGUCCAUCGUACACCGCCGUAUUUGUAGAUUGUAUUCGACAGACAACGGUGUAGCGUGUGUUUAAAAUUUUGUUUGAUUUAUUCUCAAAGAUUGUGUAAAAGUAAUGAUGAGGAGAAGGACCCUGUCUAAUAGUCGCUUUUUGGCUACUCUCCUUAGUCUCCUUAAGCAGGCGACCAGUCCUCCUAGUAAAGAAAAGCAGGCCUUUCCAGUUAAGAUCCUUUACUUCCAGUAAGGGGGAACCCAUAGUUUCUCUCAUAAUCCUAGCUCAUCUUUUGCAUCUUAUAAAAUGACAAGCAGUUUCCUCCAUGCUACAGCUAGGGCAUAGCGGACUGAGCACCACGCCUAAGAUAUACAGAUGUUAUAUGAGUUUACAGUAACUUGUUAGGACUGUAGUCAGAUCUGCUAUAAUCGCUCUGUACUGAGACAGUAGGAACGCUAUCCUAGCCUGGAUUUGAUAGCAGCUCUUUUGUCUUACGGCAACCACAGUUCCUACUCCAAUAUUUUCUAGUCUUUUCCCAUACCCAGUUGUCCAGGAUAUGGAAAAUCUCUACUUAGUCUACUUAGUCCUAAGGUGUGGCUCAGUGCUGAUCAGUAGAAGAGAUAACUGGCUUAGCUUUAUAUUAUACAGGAUCAGUAAAAAUAAUAGCAUAUCCUCCAGACAUAAGUUUUUCUUAAAUGGACAAGAAUCUUUAUAUUACUAAAAGAAACUCUAGAAUAAUACGAUACCUUUAACUUAACCGGCUCACUACACUGAUGAACUAUGAUGAUAAGGGAUUUAUUAUUGUAAUUGUAGAAUAUUUUCGUACUAUUCGUUUCGGUUCCUACGACCAUUCACUGGUCUACGAGAUCUUAAACGAUAUAAGAAGAGGUGCCAUUAAAUUUACAUAAAAUAGUUUUAUUUAAAUUUUUCGAACCAUUUAUUCUAAUCUUAUGUAUAAUUUUAUUUCAUUAGGAGAACUUAAGUCAUGAACAAUCUGGGUCUCCGUAGUAACAGACAUUUUAGAACAAUUUAUGUUUCGUUUUCCAUAUACGUCUAACGUUCCAUCGGUCACCAACCAACCUAUAUUUAUUUGACAACUAUAAUUUAAACAUCGCAGUUCCGAGUUGACAUAGUCAUUUUAGAUAUUAUAGAUAAGCCAAAGGAUCCCUAUCAUGUAUACAUAUACCGUGCUUACUUAAAUAUAUUUUUUUAUUUGUAAUACUUUUGUAACUAAUGCUAUAUCCUUAAACGAUAAUAUAGAAACCUAUUAGGCUAGACCAAAAUGUCUUUUGUGCUUGCAGCAGUUUUUGUACUUGUAAACUAACUACGACUUAAUAGGUACUUAUUUCGUUUUGUAAUUAUAGACUGAUUAAUCAUUUUUUUAAAUCAUAUCCUGACAAGGAGCAUAUCAAGUGUUAUAUGAAUGUCAUAUGAAUUCAAAAUAAUUACCAUUGUUUCUCUAAUGAAGUUAUUUGUGUGCCAUGUCGACUUAAAAGCAAAAUUAUUAAAAAUGUGUAUUUCACAAUGGUGCAGCUUUUGAAUAAAAUUGUAUAAUAUAACAGGUUGUUAAGGUAUUUAUCCUAUUUUAUUACGCUAAAUAAUCCUUACUUGUAUAGUAGUUAGAAGCUAGUAUAUACUAAAUUAUACUGGAUUAAUAUAGCUGUUAGUUUUGUAGACAUUUAUAUAAUGAUAAUAUGCAAAUUGUACUUUUAAAAUAAGUAUUACAUGAAAACGAGUUAGCUAGAACUUGUUCAACAAAUAAUCAGGAAUCAAUUCUGUAACUAUCACCGUAAAUUUUGUAUUAAUCCAUUGUUUCGGUAAAUAAAGUGUAUUAAAUAAAA